AUGUUCAAGGAUUAUCAGCCAAUUGUCCAUGGUCUGAUAAACAAACACACAGCACUUCCGCUUGAACCAUAUAUCAACGAAUUGGCAGCUUUGACGCACAUUUUGGUUUUAAACAAGCAUCAACGCAGCUCCAUUGCCAAGAAGGUCUUUUCAGUUGAAUUACUAGAUGAAAUAACAGCAUCGUUAUCCUCGGAAUCAAUGAACUACAAUCUCGAUUUCAGUGAUCAACAUUAUAUGACCAUCACUAGUCUUAGUAUGUCCAGUACAACAAGAGAACAAGCCAUUCUUGAACCCACGGUCAUGUCUGCCGAUAUGAAUUAUGGUUCAAGACGUCUUAUUCGUGGGAUCACCAAUUUGUAUGUUAAAUUUAUGUCUUCGGUGAUUAUGUUCAUGUUGAUUUCUUAA